AGAAACCGCGUUUUAAUCAUCGUGCUGCAUGUGAGACAAUUCAGGCUGCAGCUACGAUCCCAGUAAAUGUAAUUUCAGGGAGGGAAUUGUGUUCGGGAUUUAGUAGUGCUAAAUGGAGGGGUGGGGAGGAGGUUAAGGACUCUUGACAUUAGUAUUUAAAAACAUAUCGGACCCUGCACUCGCUGCCCCUGCACUCGCCUUAAACGCAAACCUUAGCCUGUGUGAAAUAACUCCAUCCUCCCUCCCUCUGAACACCGGGAAUCACGGUGGGCAGGUCUAAGAGAGAGAGAGAGAGAGAGAGAGAGAGAGAGAGAGAGAGAGAGAGAGAGAGAGAGAGAGAGAGAGAGAGAGAGAGAGAGAGACUCCUCCACACGACGCUGCGCCGGUGCACCACGGGGUGCGCAUUCAAACUGACCAGCGCGUGUCUCUCAGAGCAGACACCUUCCUCUCUGCACAUCAUCACCGAGCAUCCCUGCAGCUGACCGCUCGAGCAGGUGCAGACAAGCUGCAGAGAAGAAGAAGAAGAGGAAGAAGGAGGAGGUGAUGUUCUCCUCCCAGCUCACUGCGAGCUCAGCGAGGGUUUGAGUCCGACAGCAGCAUUUCCUCAGGCGGAGAAUAUCCACCAACUGUCCUGAAGCUAAAAAGAACAAUCAGUUAAACUUCCUCACCGGCUCCACCUCGCUCCACCUCGCUUACAUCAGUCCUUAGUGCCAUGGCCUUCACCCUGUCAGAGAUCAUGGCAGCACGGCGGCAGCAGCAGCAGCAGCAGCAAUCUCAGUCUCACACUCAGAGAGGAAACAGGGUGGCAGUGGAAGUAGACGAGUACAGCACCAACCCCACCCAGGCCUUCACCUUCUACAACAUCAACCAGGGACGCUUCCAGCCGCCACACGUCCACAUGGUGGACCCGAUGCCCCACGACACGCCCAAACCGCCGGGCUACACCCGCUUUGUUUGCAUCUCGGACACUCACUCCCGCACGGACGCCAUCCAGAUGCCGUACGGCGACGUGUUCAUCCAUGCAGGAGACUUCACCGAGCUGGGGCUGCCCUCCGAGGUUAAGAAGUUCAACGACUGGCUAGGUACUCUGCCCUACGACAUCAAGAUCGUCAUUGCCGGGAACCACGAGCUGACUUUUGACCAGGAGUUUAUGGCUGAUCUGAUCAAGCAGGACUUCUACUACUUCCCCUCCGCAUCCAAACUGAAGCCGGAGAACUACGAGAAUGUCCAGUCACUGCUCACCAACUGCAUAUACCUGCAGGACUCUGAUGUCAGCGUGAGGGGCUUCAAGAUCUACGGCUCCCCCUGGCAGCCCUGGUACUACGGCUGGGGCUUCAACCUGCCACGGGGUCAGGCUCUGCUGGACAAGUGGAACCAGAUCCCUGAGAACACAGACAUCCUGGUCACACACUGCCCCCCACUGGGUUUUCUGGACUGGGUCCCGAAGAAGAUGCAGCGCGUGGGCUGCAUGGAGCUGCUAAACACGGUGCAGAGGAGAGUCCAGCCCAAGCUACACGUGUUCGGACACAUUCACGAAGGUUACGGCAUGAUGACAGACGGCACCACGACGUUCGUCAACGCCUCAGCCUGCACUGUCAACUUCCUGCCCAUGAACGCACCCAUCGUUUUCGACCUUCCGAACCCUCGGACCACAUGACUAGAGGAGGCCGGCUCCAAAACGCCUCAAGCCAAUCAGGAGAAGGGAGCCAGGAAAGGUAGGUGAGGUCUGUGGGCAGCACAAACCGAAAUCUGUAAAUACAACACGGGUGUGUUUUUGACACAACACGAACUGUGUGGAGACGAAGAGGAUCGACAUUGAUGUUAUUUUACGUGCUGACAUUUUUUCAUCUCAACACCACGUCCACAUGACACGUGGGCGAAAGGAGAGAUGUUUUUCAGCACAGACGAAGUGCUCUCUUUACUGCACUGACAAUCUUGACUUUGCUCUGAAAGAGACAAGAGACUCCUGGAUGUGUUGACCUUUUUCACUUUCGUUUAAAUCAGCUGACUCCGAGUGAAACAACUCAUCACUUUACUGGAGCGUUUUGGUUUGGGAGGAUUUUAAAGAAACUUUUCUCCUCUCCUGGUUAUGAACAUUAAUUCUCCUUCUUUCUUUGCUUCUAUCUUCCUCCUGUUUCUCUCCGCUCCUCGGGCGAGUGUGUUAUUUUUUUUUCGUGAGAUCAAAGCAAAUGUGAGGGCAGCGAGAGGUCUCUGCCAGGGGGCGGUUACAGAGUCGGGGUGUCAAACAUGUUGACACCGCUCCCCUGGGCCUCAUUACAGCCCUCAUAAGCCUGUUAACGGUCGAAGGAACCACGCGCAGCACUUCCCCUUUAUUUUGCUCUUAAUAUUUCAUGCUGUGGAGCUCUGAUUUGAGCGGAUUCAGGCUUUUUGGACUCGGGUAGCAUUAAGCAAAAGUGCUACAUGCUGAGUCUUCUUCUGGACCGUGAGUCGGCCCUGAUCGUAGGGAGAGAUGGAACAUUUCAUCCUUUAAAGAGGAGCUGUAAUUUUAAUGUACUGUAACUGGUCUAUGUAAAUGUUUUCUGUCACUGUAAAGAACAAAUAACUUUCCUUGAAGAUUUCCAAGUAUUUGCAAUGCUUUUCAAAGUUAAUAUUUGUGUGGUUGUAACCUUUAAUUUGUAGUGUAAAGCUUCUUAUUGUGUUUUCUUCUCUGUGAAGCAGGUCGGCCCCGUUUCGGUGAUUUCGUGUCUCUGAGCGUUACGUCUGUGUUAUUUUAAAAAAAGAGCUUUUAUUUAUUUUCUCUUUGCUCUUUUUUUCUGAAUGAUAAAAUUCUCAGUGAAGUCUGAAUGUGCUCAGCAUAACAAGACCCCGUCACACUUUGAUCUCCGUGCUCUCCGACAUUAUGUUUGAACGCUCCCUCGGGCGGCGGUUUACUCGCGCUUCACUCUCGCCUCUUCAGCACAUCAGCGCUCGCUCUGCCGCCUGAUGUCUUAAUGUUUCCAAAACGGAGGAAUGAGAGGGAAGAGAGGAUUGCUCACCAAGAAAAGCAUGUCUGUGGAGAAAUGCAGGAGGUGGUGCACUUGUUAGAGCAUGCACAUUGAUGCUGACUGUAUGUUUUAUGCAAAUAUAUCACAAAGCAGUUUGAGGUGAAGGCCUCUAAGAUCGAGAACUUUUGGCUGAUGUUAGGGGUUAGGAUUAAGACUAAGCUGAGGCUACAGUCCUCGUCACACUGGUUGCAGGUACAGUUCUCAAUCCUGUCAUUAUUUAGUGCAUGCUAUCCCUCACUCUCUCCUCACAUUACCUGUCUCUCAAAGAAGUGAAAAGCCCUCAAAUUUUACUCUGCACUUGAUUAGCUCGUACAUGAAGCACUUAACGUGUGAAUUUGUAAAUCCUAAAAUAAUAAUAAUUUUAUUUAUGGUGCACCUUAAAAAUUGGGGUUUACAGAAUGCUUUGACUUGCAAUAAAAAUACAAAAAAAACAACAAUUCAGGUCUGUACGUCACAUCAUACGUCACUGGAGGAUCUUCACGUUGGCCAUCACGGCAAGAAUGAUUCGCUGGAGUUCAGAUUUUUCAGCUCUCACAAAUAAUUUGUGCCAAUUGACAAGAACUCGCCCCAUAACAGCGUUUUGUGUUUCUGGCACUCUCCCUAGGAAAUAAAAUAAAGUAGUUUAGCAUUUUUAGCCCUCAGCGUCCUAAGCGCAUAUUCUCAGUUGAAAGCAGUUCAACCUUUGGACACUCAUGAAUGUCACGUCUUCAUCACCGACCAAUUCAAAUCAAAAAGGGGCGGGACUUCUGAGAUCAACUUUUGUCAACAACAGUUGAGGUCCAUGUGGUGUAAAAACUCUCCACUCGUAUUGUUUUGAGGGUUAAAAUUCAAGGUAUAGAGCUGCUGCUAAUGCUACGACAUGAUUUCUAUCAUUCGUUUUCUUUGUAAAAUUAUAAGAAAUAAAGCUAACAGCGCAUUUGAAAAUAGAAAUAAUAGUCACUACUUAGAGAACCGUAAAUACUGCCAGACAACUUUCGUAGCCCAGCAGUGGUAAACGCCAGCGAGAAGCGCUCUGCUUUGUCAGCACUAGGAAAUGCUUUUAUUGGACACAGGCCCUUACAGUUUAAAGCAUCAUUGAGACAAAUAUUAGCUCCAGAUGUCAAAGUACUGUAGCUACGAUGGAGCACUGUACCUAAGAAUUGCCAGCCAAUCAGAUUUGGCUAUAUGACAUAUACUGCAGCCAGCAACCAGGGGGAGCUUUGAAUGUUUUGGCUUCACUUUGGAAACUGUUAUGUGCCCAUCUUUUGAUGCAGGCUGAAGAACAGUCGUGUCGUUGAUUAAUACAUUCUGAUAAUUAUAAAUUCUUGAAAGCUAACUUCCUGCUCAAAGUCACGACUUCCUGCAGAUGUUUCACACUAAAAGCCCCUUUCAAGGUGUUUGAAUAUUUCUUCCUGACAGUCAGCUGAAACUCCCUCUGCUCACCACACCCUGAUUGUUCAUAAGAAACAAACAGUCUCACCAGUCUCCCAGUAACACGUCCCCACUUCACUAAUUGGUUUUGAUGGAUCAGACGAACAUGUGACGGUUCUUUGUUGAAAUCUGGCACAUGGUAUCAAUGCUCCUCUUCAAAGCUGCAGGAUUUCAGGGAUGAAGUGCGGAGACUUUAGAUCGGGGUUAGCACUGAUAGUUUGAAUGUUUGUGUUUUUUUGGUUGAAUUAAAACACAAACUUAAUUAAAGUUUGUGACGGAAAAUGUUCCAAGAAAAGGAAUAAAGGGAAAGUAUUAAAAACCAAAAUCCGGGGGGAACUUUUAUCUUUGGGUUUUCAUGAAACGCUGUCUGUUUCUCGCUCCUCAUUUAGACGUCUUCACUUUGAUGCUCUCCUGCUUCAAUAGCUGUGUUAUGUGUUUCCUGUUUUUUCUACGAAGGAAAAAGGUUCUGUACUAUUUAUUGAUUUAUUUCUUGAGGCAUGCUUAAAGGAGUUAAUGACUUCUGCUACUCAGACAAUCUGCAUAUGAAGAGGUUUGUUCCAAAAUGAGAUACGUGUUGUUGAAAGAAGAGGGACGCCUACACAGGCGGGAUGAUUGACGGCUCAAACUAGAAAGCAGAUUGUUGUGGUGACUUUCCUAAAGGAUAUUAAUAAUUUAUUUACCUGCUGGGUCCUUUUUACUUCAACCAGACUGGAUGGCUAUCAAUUUAAGGUCUUAUUUCAAAGGUACGUAUAUCAUUUUGGAAUAAAAGCGCUCAUAUGGUGUUGUAUUCUGCGUCCAUUGUUGGGGACUUUUUUUAAACUGUAGAAUAAAAAAUAAAAAGCCGACAGCUGCAAAAUCUUACAGUGUUGCUCCCGGAGACAACUCUAAAAAAUGUAAAAUACCUUUCUUUCUUAAACCAUAAAGUUUCUGCUGGUUCUGAGAGAUUAUUGACUGAUUAAAUAAAACCUUAUCUGUGA